AUGGCCGACGGCGACGACGACAGCACGCGCAACCUGCUGCAGUUCGCCAUCUUCGUGCUGCUGCUAGUCAUCGGCGUGUCGCCCUUCCUGCUCAUGCUCUGGAAGAACGCGGCCUACCGCGAGCGGCUGCGCGACACCUUCUGCUGCAAGGACUGCAGCGGCGUCUGCGCGCGGCGCGUGCACUACGACGAAGCGGAUCUGCGCACGCUGCGGGAGCUGGAGGAGCCUCCGCAGCGCGAGAGCGUGGGCAUCAACGGGGCCUACCGCAUGUACCAGGCGCGGCGCUCCCGCUUGUCGCUGCGUCUGGCGUCGUGGCGCGAGGACGUCAAGCGCGGCGGCGGCGACGACGACCGACUGCACCACAAGCUCGCGCAGAUCCAGGCGGCGCAAUACCGGCGCCAGCAAACUCAGCAAGCGGCCUCCGCAGGCACCUCCACCAACAGCAGCAGCAGAAGAAGCGCGCCAGCCAACCAAGCCGCCGCGACGCCCGCUGUGCCGUUUGAUAUCCGCGUCGUGGAGAUCAAUGACCGCGUUGACGAAUCCAGCAGCUCCGCUGCGGCUCCGUCCUCGAAUGCGUCGGAUAAGUUGAACGACUCGGACGAGGAGUCGGUGUACGAGCUGGUGCCGCCCACGCCGAAGGGCGAACUGCCUAACACCGUGCGAGUGGGCCGGCGAUCAGCUGUCACCGCCGAGGAAGAGGAGGAGGAGAAGGAGGACGUGACCCCCCGCGACCAUGAGAUCGUGUAA